AUGACGAAUCAUCGAAUACUAGACGUCGUAAUGGUUGUCUUGGGCAGCAUGCUGCUAGGAUGUUGUGUUGCAGCUCAACAGUACUUCAGUGUGAAACCAUCUAACACAACAGCUGCACACGGUGAUGAAUAUGCCGUGUUUUUGUGUACAGUUGAAGACAAAACAGGCAAAUUGUCAUGGGAGAAAGGCAGUAUAGGUAGUAUUAUAUAUAUCGAAGACAGUGGAGUAUCGGAUGAUGAUAAGUAUGAUGUAUCCGGGAAUCACUUUAUCGGACAAUACGACUUAACAAUUUACGACAUUGUGAUAAAUGACGACGACGAGUAUAUUUGUAAAAUUAGUGGCCUUCUUCCUGGAUUAAGCAUUGAAGCAUCUGGAGACGGAUACGAGUCACUUGGAUCUGAGAAUGAAUAUGAUGGUGCAUACUAUGGUACGAUAACUACACAGGAUCUACACAUCGCAGUCCAAGCAGAACAUAACUGUGCAUCUUAUCAAUGUGAAGGCAACAAUACACAAUUUACCGACACUAUUUUAUCCAAUGAGGAGACAUUAUAUGUUUAUUUCCCACCAAACGAGCCAUCGCCUUGCACCACAUCACUGAGGGGACCAACAGGAAAUAUUACCGCGGGAGAUAUAGUUACAUUACAGUGUACAUCAUGUAGCAGUAAUCCUAUAGCACAUCUCACAUGGUACCAAAACAACAUAGUAUUGAAUGAUGGAAUUAGUUUGAAGACGUAUGUAGAGUCAGAAUAUAAUGGAAUGCGAACAGUUCAAUAUUACACAUUGACUACCUCACAAUAUAGCCAUGGAUUUACUUAUAUUUGUGAAGCCUUUAAUGAUGAAUUUCAAGAUGUAUUUGCGUCUACACAAAUACAAUUAGACGUGCACUAUGCUCCAAUCACCGAGAAUAGGGUUACUAACAGCAGAUGUGCGACUAAUUUGACUGAACAAGUUAAUAUAAUAUGUGAAAUAAACAGCAAUCCUGAAUCAGUCAUUACAUGGUUAGAUCAGUACAACGAAACAUUAAGCAACGACACUGGCAAAAUUAUCAUCCGUGAAAAAUACGAAACUGUUCUCAAAACGAGCAUCUUAACAAUAAUGAGUGUAGAAGAAUCUGAUUUCGGGGAGUAUUAUUGUGUAGCGAGGAACUAUAUUGGUAGUAUUAUUCAAACUGUUCUAUUUUCAGAAAUAUGCAAAGAUAAUGUAAACAAUGUUGAUGCAAGAAAUGACAGCAUUUAUACUGACUUAGAGGACAUGUCAAUAAAGCCAAUAGAAGAGUACGAAAGUCUCGUCAAAACAAGAACUAAACAAGAGGAAUUGGAUUUUUCUCCCUUUUCGACGGAAACGCAUAAGAGCUGUAAAAACGAAGAUAUAUGGGAUAUAUGUCCAAGUGAGCUCGCAUUUCAAGAUGUUGUUUCUGUGGGAUACGUGACUGAAAUCAGAAAAGCUGUUAUAAAACGUAGCAACGGAAUAGCCUUAGUGAAAAUAAAUAAAGAUUUUUUAGUGGACGAAAAUGAUACAGACACACUUCUACUGGAAAUUAAAGUAAUGAAACAAAUCGCAGGAUGUGAGCACCUUGUUGCAAUGAUGUAUUGCAACAUUAAAACAGAACCAUACUUCAUGGCGUUAGAAUAUCCAGAGAAUGGACUUAUAAGUGAAUACAUGGCGGAUGCAAAUGCUGGGAUAUCUGAGAUAAGCCUCGUUGAAUUAACAUCGAUUGCGAGAGACGUUUCAUGUGGUAUGUCAUUUCUGGAAAAAAAUGAGUGUGUUAUUCGCAUACUUACUCUAAACAACAUAUACAUCGAUGGACACAAACGAUGUAAAAUAUUUGAUUUAGGAUUUUCUUCUGCUGUUAUGGACAUGGAGAAGUUCAAGGCUAAUACUAAAGGAUGUUUGCCUAUCAAGUGGUUAUCAUUAGAGUCUGUAUUGGAUCAAAUAUUUACGAGUAAAAGUGAUGUAUGGUCAUAUGGUGUUGUUUUGUGGGAGAUAUUCUCACUGGGCAAAAAACCGUUUCCAAAUAUAUCCGGCAAAGAUUUUAUACGCAGAAUGCAACGAGGCCUUAGACUAAAGCAACCAAAAGAAAGUGACAGUGAAAUGGAUACAAUCAUCUAUCAGAAGAAAGAAAUACAACCGCUACCAGUGUUUAAACAACGAUAUUGA